UUUUCUUCUGUUCUGUCAUACAUCGAGUUGCUGGUUUUCUCAUUCCACCAACCAAACACCAGUUUCGCGGAAUUCGUUUUCUCUCCAAAUUCCAAUUCCUCAUCCGCCGAAUUCAUUUCUCCGUAAUCCAAAUCCUACCUUUCCUUCUCCCUCUAUCCCUUUUCUCAUCCUUUAUGGGGAUCGACUUGGCCUCUUUUCCCAGGAUCCGAUUCCGAUUCCGAUUCCAAUUCCAAUUCCCACAUGGUUUUCCACUCCUCAAUAUCUGAAAAGUGGAAAAGUGUCGAUUUCGCGGAAAAGGUCUCGAUUUGUUGCCGUUUUCUGCGUUGCGGUUCGGAACAGUGGAUCGGGUUUUGCAGUGGAGUUUCCUAGAAUAGCAGUGACCAAACGGCAACAACUGAGGUUUUAAUAGUCUAUUGUUGGUGAUGCUGGUGGAGAUAAAAUGCAGUAAUCUCAAAUGUGUUUGAGAGAAUGUGACAGAGAUAUUCUGGAAGAAGAGAGUUGCUCUGUUUCUUGUAUAUCUGGUUAUCUUAAAAUGCAUACAUCCAUAUAUAUACCUGUUACUGUAACUGAAAUGGUUACGCAGUUAAACUGAAGUGGUCACACGGUCAAACUUUUGAUUCAUUUUAUUUUUCCUACAUUUUCUAAGCAACCAAACAGACCCUUUUUGAAUGUACUCUUGGUGAACUUAGCUGGUUCGUACGCAAUUGAUCGAUUAGUUUAGGAUUUGGAUUUCAAAAUUUUGAUUUAUUUUCUUUAUUUGAUCUUCUUUCUGUGAUCUUAGUGAUUUCAAUUGCAUUUGAUUGAUGAUUGCUUUCCAAUUAUUGACAGAUUCAUGUUCUGCUAUCAAUUUAUUUCAAUUCGAUUGGCAUUUUUGUAAUGCAAUCAGUAGAAAACGAGAAAAAAAAGAAUCUGAAACGAUCAAGAUCAUUCCCUUACGAAAUGCCAGUAACUGACACCUGUGUUGCACAGUCUCUCGAGGAUUGCAUCCUUUUCCCGGUUGAAGAGAUAGUUCAAUACCCAUUGCCUGGAUAUGUUGCUCCUACUUCCAUUGGUUUUAGUCCCGAUGACAGUUUGAUAACUUAUCUAUUCAGUCCUGAUCACACUUUGAAUAGGAAAGUUUUUGCUUUUGAUCUUGAAACAUGUAAGCAAGAAUUGUUUUUUAGUCCUCCAGAUGGUGGGCUCGAUGAGAGUAAUGUAUCACCAGAAGAGAAGUUGAGGAGGGAGAGAUCGAGGGAGCGUGGGUUGGGAGUGACAAGAUACGAAUGGGUGAAGACGAGCUUGAAGAAGAGAAUGAUCAUGGUGCCUUUGCCUGUCGGGAUCUAUUUCCAGGAAUUCUCUUGUUCAAAACCAGAGCUUAAGCUUGCAAGUACAUCAUUAUCACCAAUUAUAGAUCCACAUCUCUCUCCAGAUGGCACCAUGCUUGCUUAUGUAAGAGAUCAUGAGUUGCAUGUUAUAAAUCUCUUGGAUGAUGAACCGAGACAAUUAACAUUUGGUGCCAAUGGCAAUACUUUGACACAUGGGCUUGCUGAAUAUAUAGCCCAGGAGGAGAUGGAUAGGAAGAAUGGGUACUGGUGGUCACUGGACAGUAGAUUCAUCGCAUUCACACAAGUUGAUUCAUCUGAGAUACCGCUUUUCAGAAUCAUGCACCAGGGUAAAAGCUCAGUUGGUGCUGAUGCUCAGGAAGACCAUGCAUAUCCCUUUGCAGGGGCUUCAAAUGUCAAAGUCCGCCUUGGGGUAGUAUCUGCUGCAGGAGGCCCUGCUACUUGGAUGGAUCUUCUCUGUGGAGAAAUGCAUGAUGGAAACAAUGAGGAGGAGUAUUUGGCCAGAGUAAAUUGGAUGCAUGGAAACAUACUCACUGCACAGGUUUUGAACAGGUCUCAUUCCAAACUAAAGAUCCUCAAGUUCGAUAUCAAUACAGGUCAAAGGAAAGUUAUAUUGGUAGAAGAACAAGAUACAUGGGUCACUUUGCACGAUUGUUUUACCCCUCUUGACGUAGGAGUCAACAGAUUUUCUGGGGGAUUUAUCUGGGCCAGUGAAAAGACAGGAUUUAGGCAUCUAUAUCUGCAUGAUGCAAAUGGGACUUGUCUAGGACCCAUAACCGAAGGUGAUUGGAUGGUUGAGCAAAUUGCCGGUGUAAAUGAGGCUGCAGGACUAGUAUAUUUUACCGGAACCCUAGAUGGGCCUUUGGAAUCCAACCUUUACAGUGCUAAACUAUUCCUGGAUGGCAAUGAACCCUUGCAGGCCCCUCUGAGGUUGACUCACGGCAAGGGGAAACACAUGGUUGUGCUUGAUCACCAGAUGCAGAGCUUUGUCGACAUUCAUGACUCCCUGGAUUUUCCCCCUAGGGUUUUACUUUGCUCCUUGAGUGAUGGAAGCUUGGUUAUGCCCCUGUACGAGCAACCAUUCACCGUUCCCAGAUUCAAACGGCUUCAACUUGAGCCUCCAGAGAUAGUCCAAAUUCAGGCAAAUGAUGGAACUACACUGUUUGGAGCUCUGUAUAAACCUGAUGAAACAAGAUUUGGACCUCCACCAUACAAAACCUUGAUCAGUGUCUAUGGCGGCCCAAGCGUGCAGCUUGUUUGUGAUUCUUGGAUGAAUACAGUUGACAUGAGAGCCCAGUAUUUACGUAGCAGAGGCAUCCUAGUGUGGAAGUUAGAUAACAGAGGAACCGCCCGCCGUGGACUAAAGUUCGAAAGUUGCCUGAAAUACAAUGCUGGCCGGAUUGAUGCUGAGGACCAGCUCACUGGAGCUGAAUGGCUUAUCAAAAAAGGCCUGGCAAAAGUUGGUCAUAUCGGGCUGUACGGAUGGAGCUAUGGUGGGUAUCUCUCAGCCAUGACUUUGGCCAGGUUCCCUGACAUCUUCCGCUGUGCUGUUUCUGGUGCCCCCGUCACAUCGUGGGAUGGCUACGACACAUUCUACACCGAGAAGUACAUGGGCUUGCCUUCAGAGAACCCUGCAGGCUACGAGUACAGCUCAGUUAUGCAUCAUGUACACAAGAUCAAAGGUAGCUUGUUGAUUGUACAUGGCAUGAUAGACGAGAAUGUGCAUUUCAGGCACACUGCAAGGUUGGUGAAUGCCCUUGUCUCGGCCGGAAAGCCCUACGAACUCUUGAUUUUCCCGGAUGAACGCCACAUGCCUCGCAGGUUUCGGGACCGCAUCUACAUGGAAGAGAGGAUCUGGGACUUCAUUGAGAGGAAUUUGUAGUAAAACUUAUCGCAGUUUGUUCAUAACACUCAUUUGGAGGGUUCAUCUUUUUUCCAGGUGAGAAUCGAACUUUUCAGUUAAAUCUUAUAUGCAAGAAAUGGGAGGAUCUCCCUUAUUACCUGAUUGGCAUUUGCUCAAAAUAUCUUCUGUUGGAAUAAUUUCUUAGAUGUAUUAUUGCGGCCCCUGGAGCUGGUGAUAAAUGUAUCAAAAACCAAUGUAAAAUGCUAAACGAGUUCGUUGGAUGGAAUAAUUUCUUGAUAUUUCUUGUAUGGUA